CGAGUCCUGACGCUUCUCUCUGUCCGGCUCAUCUCCGACGGCCGUCGUUGCAUAGAGCCAUCGGCAUGCCAUCUCCGCGGCGGCCGCUCGCCUCGCCAUGCCGCGGCCGCAUCGUCCUCCUCCUCAUCCCGGCGCUGCUGCUGCUCUCCUCCGCCGCGCACAGCGCGGAGGAGUUGACGAGGGUGCUUAGCGUCGGCAAGGAGCUGGUGGGCGAGACGAUGCCACUGCGCCACGGCCGGCGGGUCUACAGGAUCGACGGGCUGCGGCCGUCCGCGUGGUACGAAGUCAAGAUCUCCUACCCGGCCUCCAUACCCUCCAGCUUUUCUAUUCGGCUUGUAGACGAUCCUGACGAUGCGAACUGGAGCAGCAAGAACAGGAGGCUGCUCAACACAGAGAAGAUAAUUUUCAAGGCUGAGGGUAGCAACCCGGUUUAUGUUCUUGUCACUGUGGAGCCUGAGGGUGUGGUGGCGAAGCCAAAUGUGCCAGAGAGAGAACUCACACUUUUUAACAUUGUUUGCGAUGAACUUAUGCUUGGGAUCCCAGUUUUUGCCUGGUGGGUUGGAAUCGCAGCAAUACUCUGCAUCGUGCUGGCAUCGCUGGCACCACUCGUUCUCCCGCUGCAUAAGCUCCUCAACUAUGAAGGCUCGGACCUGAGCAAAGCUGAUGCCGCCAAGAUGUCAUGAUACGUGAAAUAGGUUUGCAAGACACUAGUGCUCAAUUUUGCAGAGAGUAGGCAACUGUAGUGAUCUUUGCCCUUUCUGAUGAUCCAAGCGUUUGACAGUGAUUGUUGUACCCUGGAGUUUAGUGCUCUACACAUUCACUUCAAUCCUGUUGAUGACAUAUCAAUCGUUCGGCCUUAAGUUUC